AUGAUGACCUCUGUGCUGCUGCUUACGCUCACACUAUGCGGAGUCCUAUCCGCACAGAGAUGCGCAAACCAGGAUUAUUAUGAGGUCCAGCAGCCGCAAUCUCCAGUCGCCCGUCGGCAAGAAGUCGCGUCUCCGAAUAACAUAACCGAGGUGGACGUCUACUUCCAUAUUGGAAGCACCGUGGCAAAUCAAAACAGGAUCACUGAUAAGAUCGUGACUGAUCAGUUUGACGUGCUGCGCGCCUCUUUCCUCCCAGCCGGCUUCUCUUUCCGCCUGGUCAACACGUCGCGGGUCGUCGACGACCAAGUCGGCCGCGGCUUCUACGUCAACGGCAGCAUCAGUGACUUCGACGCCUACACGGCGUUCAUGAGCGCCACGCGGCGGGGGAACUAUGCCGCGCUGAACGUGUACUUCUUUACCGAUCUGUACGACGAUCUUGGCGGGCAGUGUAACCUUCCCCGGUCCGUCGCCGAGGGUAGCUCGGCCUUCUACCUUGACGGUUGUGUCGUGAAUGGGAACACCAUGCCGGGCCUGUCGCGGGCGACGAUCGUGGAGCCCCCGCCGAGAGGACACAUGGCGGUCCACGAGGUCGGCCACUGGUUUGGCGUGCUGCACCCUUUUCAGGGUCGGACGUGCGAUAGCUUCAAUGAUAAUGUGGCCGACACGCCUGCUACGCAGAGCUCCUUGGGAUGCGUUGUCGGGAGCGAUUCCUGUCCGGAUUUGCCGGGGCUGGAUCCUAUCCAUAAUUUCAUGGGGUACAAUGACGACAGUUGUACGAACGAAUUCACGCCGGGGCAGCAAGCCCACAUGCGGAACAUGUUCGAUUUGUGGCGUACUUAG